AUGUUCGCCCGCCUCACUCAGCUCACCCGACAUCUCUACCGACCGCCGUUCACUCGUCAGCCCGCCUCUCUCGCUUCCUCAUCCCCCUUUCCACCGUCGCGUGCGCUCUCGCCGAAAAUGACAUCAUCCAUCGCCGGUAACAGCAAGACGAUACACACGGCAGCAUGCCUGAUCAUUGGUGACGAGGUGCUAGGAGGGAAGACUGUCGACACAAACUCCGCCUUCUUCGCCAGGUACUGCUUCUCGCUCGGAAUCCAGCUCAAGCGCAUCGAAGUCAUCGCCGACGAUGAAGACGAGAUCAUUGAAGCCGUCCGCCGCAUGAGCAACAACUACGAUUUCGUCGUGACGAGCGGCGGCAUCGGGCCAACCCACGACGACAUUACCUACUCCUCCAUAGCAAAAGCCUUCAACCUCCCGCUGAAACUCCACGAACCCGCUUUUGAGCGCAUGAAGAAGCUCUCCAAGCCCCACGCCCUCAUCCCCGACUUCAGCUGGGACGUCCCCUCCCCCGCACUCACCGCACGCCUCCGCAUGGUCGAGAUCCCACACGAUGCCUCCCUCCCCGCCGAUUCACAAGCCGUGUUCGUCGCAAAUGACAUGUGGGUCCCUAUCGCCAUCGUCAACGGCAACAUCCACAUCCUUCCCGGCGUCCCGCGGCUCUUUGAGCGUCUCCUCGAACACCUCCGGCCUUCGCUGCUCCCCCGCCUCGUGAACCCAGAGGGUAAGGGCAUCUACCGGUACCUGUUCAGCACGCCGCUACCUGAGAGCGCGGUUGCGCCGUACCUGACGGAUCUUGCGGGAAGGACGGCGGCCAAGGGUGUCAAGGUCGGAAGCUACCCGCGCUGGAAUAAGAAGAGGAAUACAGUUACGCUGGUGGGCACGGAUAAGGAGUUUUUGGACUCGUUAGUUGCAGAGGUCGAGGAGAAUGUGCAGGGGAAGAAAGUGUCGGCGGAGGAUGAGUUGGAUUCGGAUACGGAGUAG